CACAGCGCAUCCGCUUGCCUCCCCAUUGACGUCACUUUGGUAUCACAUGAACGAGAAGGGACCAAUCCAAGUGGCUCUAUCGAAGUGCUUCGGUUCUUUCACGAAGAUAGAAGAAAAAGACAGUAAAAAGGAACCAUGCCAAUGACCGUUUAAAGACCAAGAAACACGAAGAAACACGUCGCCUUAGGAUUUGGGUGUUUUCUAUCAAAGCUACGUGACUUGUAUGAGUUCAAUCUGUGGAAGAUGUUAUCUGGACUGGAGCUGGCAGAAUGGACAUGGCCCGAACAUAUUGAGUAGCUCGUUGGGGGUGCUAAACGCGGACAGGAUAGACAUUACAGUGGGAAUGGUGUGGAUAUAGGAUUAUUUGCCUAUCCAAUAACUGCUCCUUUACUUUUCCGUUCUGAAAUACCCCCAUCAAAGACUCUUUCAUGGCUUUUCUAUCAGUGGCUCCGCCGUGUCUGUUUUUCGCCCACAACACUCUUUUAACAAUUGAGGUCGUAUCGCGGUAGCUUUGCUCCCAAGGUUUACAAUCCAAUCCAAUUGGCUUUUCUUUUGAAAUAUAUAUAUAUUUAAACUAAUAUUAGAUAGGCCUACAUUGUUACCUAUAGGAUCUUUUUGCGACGAGUUGAAUAUGGAUUUUAACAGCAGCGGUGGGGGUAACGAGCUACAUAAUAAACAAUUCUAUCAAUCUGAGGAGAGCAAGCCUUUGCUGGGGGAGAUGUCUGCGCCGACGCCACCGGAGGGGAAUAAUAUCAAGUUAGGCGCCGGGCCGUGCAAGAGAACCCUUCUCCAUUGCAGCAGUGGGAUGCGAUAUAAACUACUACAGGAGGGGGACAUCCAGGUGUGUGUGGUCAAACACCCUCGGACCUUCCUCAGCAAAAUUCUAACCUCAAAAUUCUUACGGAGAUGGGAACCGCACCACCUCACCUUGACAGACUGCAGCCUGGCGUCUGCGACGCCCACGGGGUACAUGGAGGCUGCCCUGUCCUACAGUACCAUAGAGGACCUGCAGUUGCUCUCCUGGGAUAAUGCCCCCAAAUAUUGUGUGCAGCUCAGCUUCCCCGGGGGCACCGUCCUCCUGCAGGCAGCCAACAGCUAUCUGCGGGACCAGUGGUUUCAUUCCCUGCAGUGGAAGAAAAAGAUCUAUAAGUACCGUAAGGUUCUGAACAACCCGAGUCGCUGGGAGGUGGUUCUGAAGGAGAUCAGAUCACUGGUGGACAUGGCCUUGACCUCUCCCCUGCAGGACGAGUCCAUUCACCAGGCCCCGCUGCAAAUCAUCUCCACCCUGCUGGCCGAGAACACCAACCUCAGCUCACAGGACCAUGAGAACAUCAUUGUGGCCAUUGCUCCUCUCCUGGAAAAGAACCACCCUCCACCGGACCUGUGUGAGUUCUUCUGCAAGCACUGUCGGGAGCGUCCGCGGUCGAUGGUUGUGAUUGAAGUGUUCACCCCUGUGGUCCAGAGAAUCCUAAAACACAACAUGGACUUUGGGAAAUGCCCCAGACUGCGUCUCUUCACUCAAGAGUACAUCUUAGCUCUAAAUGAGCUCAACGCUGGGAUGGAGGUCGUGAAGAAAUUCAUUCACAGCAUGCAUGGUCCCUCCGGGCAAUGCCCUCACCCCCGCGUCCUGCCCAACCUGGUGGCAGUGUGCCUGGCUGCCAUCUACUCCUGCUACGAGGAGUUAAUCAACAGCCGGGACAACUCCCCAAGUCUGAAGGAGAUCAGGAACGGCUGCCAGCAACAGAAUGAGCGUAAACCCCCCCUGCCCCUCCGCCUGCUGCGCCCAGAGCCCCCCACACCUCCACCAACAUCCCUGCUGCCCCUCUCCCCUCCCCCCUCAGCUCCCCUCUCCCCUUCUCCCACACUGCCCCUCUCUCCCCCGCCCUCCAUCGUCAACUCCAGUGAGAUCCUGGUGGAGUUGGAACGCAACAACAACACUGCCAACGCCAGGCGGAAGGGCCCAGGGGGAGGCGACAGUGAGCCCAACCUGAUCGACUGUCUGCUGGUCAGCCCCGCCCUCAACGCCCUGUCAAUCCAGCUGCCUGCCCAGGCCGACCGAGUGUUGGGCUGCUUCGCACUCAUCCUCAAAAUGCUGUCUGACUACGAUGACUGGAGACCAGCCCUGGCCAGUCUGCUGCAGCCCAUCCCCUUCCCCAAAGAGGCCCUUGCACAUGCCAAGUUCACAAAAGAGCUGAAAUAUGUUAUUCAGAGGUUUGCAGAAGACCCCAGACAGGAAGUCCACUCCUGUCUGCUCAGUGUGCGCUCUGGAAAGGACGGUUGGUUCCAGCUCUACAGUCCAGGGGGUGUGGCCUGUGAUGAUGAUGGGGAGCUCUUUGCCAGCAUGGUCCACAUCCUUAUGGGUUCCUGCUACAAAACGAAGAAGUUCCUCCUGUCCCUGGCUGAAAACAAGCUUGGACCCUGCAUGCUCCUGGCUCUGCGUGGGAACCAAACCAUGGUUGAGAUCCUGUGUCUGAUGCUGGAGUACAACAUCAUGGAGAACAAGGACACCCAGCUGCAGAUCAUCUCCACCCUGGAGAGCACUCCGGUGGGCCUUCACAUGUACGAGCAGCUGUGUGACAGGCAGAGGGAGCUCAAAGAGCUGCAAAGAAAAGGAGGCCCAACCCGACUUACUCUGCCCUCCAAGUCUACGGAUGCAGACCUUGCAAGGCUACUGAGCUCUGGCUCCUUUGGGAACCUGGAGAACCUGAGUCUUGCCUUUACCAACGUCACCAGUGCCUGUGCUGAACAGCUCAUCAAGCUGCCCUCUCUCAAACAGCUCAACCUGUGGUCCACCCAGUUUGGAGAUACAGGAUUGCGGUUGCUGUCUGAACACUUGGCGUGUCUGCAGGUGUUGAAUCUGUGUGAGACACCCGUGACUGAUGCCGGCCUGCUGUCCCUCAGCUCCAUGAAGAGCCUGUGCAGUUUGAACAUGAACAGCACCAAGCUCACAGCAGACACAUAUGAUGACUUAAAGGCAAAACUCCCCAAUCUGAAGGAGGUGGAUGUCCGCUACACCGAGGCCUGGUGAACACAUCCUGUAUGACAUCACUAGAACACCAACUCCCACAACAUCGGAACACAUGGCCUCUCUUACAUCAACAAUAAGAGGAUCCUCUCCCAUCUCUAGAUGAGGACACUUUUAUCUGGAGAUGACAUCAAAACGCCACGACCUCUCUAGUAACAUGUCCAUGGAAAAUUACUAUCUUUCUAGUGACAUCAUCAAAACACAAGGACCUGUUCUUUCUUGUGAAAUCAACAUACAAGGACCUCCUUUUUAGUGACAUCAUCAAAAUGCAAGGACCCACUUUCUUGUGACAUAAGGGACCCUCUCUUGCUCUCAUUCUCUCUCAUGUGUUGUUGCUCACUCAGUCCCUGUCCACAUCCUAUUUGCCCUCAAUAGACUCGUCAUAGAUUUCCUCUGUGUUGUGUCAUAUGUACACAGAACAAAGUUAACAAAUGGUGGAUCUUGCCCCUUUCCCCCCUCUCCCUCUCCUGCUCUCUCUAAGGACCUUUGAGUUUAAAUUACCUCUCUUCCCUCCAUUUACUGGGAGCUAUUCUACCCUUGUCUGAUGAAGGCUGGAUAACCAGGUCACAUUCCAGUACAUUUUUUUUGAUAUUGCCUCUAGUCAAUCCAAAUGUAGCUUUAAAAGACUAUUCAACUGUCAUUUUGGUCUUGUUGUUUUGUUUGGGUUCUUUCAGGUUAAGAGUCGGGCCUUUCCAGUCCUUCAUUGGGAAUGAGGUGCUACCUCAAAAAAAUAAAAGUUGCAAGACUGUGCCUAAUGCCUUGUAUAACACGUUCACUCUCAAUCAAUUUUUAUCAACUUGAAUGAACGUAUUUUUCCAGAUAUCCAGAUAUCUCUGCUUUUAUUUAUAUAUAUAUAUAUAUAAAUAAACAAUAUCACACACACAGUACCAGGCAAAAGUUUGGACUCACCUACUCUUUCAAGGCUUUUUCUUUAUUUUUACUAUUGUCUACAUUGUAGAGUAAUGGUGAAGACAUAAAAAUGAUGAAAUAACACAUAUGGAAUCAUGUAGUAACCCCAAAAAAUAUAUUUUUAGAUUUCUUCAAAGUAACCACCCUUUGCCUUGAUGACAGCUUUGCACAAUCUUGGCACUCUCUCAACCAGCUUCACCUGGAAUUAUUUUCCAACAGUCUUGAAGGAAUUCCCACAUAUACUGAGCAUUUGUUGGCUGCUUUUCGUUCACUCUGCAGUCCAAUCCUAAACCAUAUCAAUUGGGUUCAGGCCGGGUGAUUGUGGAGGCCAGGUCAUCUGAUGCAGCACUGCCAUCACUCUCCUUCUUGGUCAAAUAGCCCUUACACAACCUGGAGGUGAGUUGCGUCGUUCUCCUGUUCUAAAACAAAUGAUAGCCCCACUAACUGCAAACCAGAUGGGAUGGGGUAUCGCUGAAGAAUGCUGUGGUAGCCAUGCUGGUUAAGUGUGCCUUGAAUUCUAAAUAAAUCACUGACAGUGUCACCAGCAAAGCACCAUCGCACCUCCUCCUCCAUGCAUCACGGUGGGAACCACACAUGCGGAGAUCCUCUGUUCAUCUACUCUGCGUCUCACAAAGACACGGCGGUUGCAACCACAAAUCUCAAAAUUGGUCUCAUCAGACCAAGGGACAGAUUUCCACUGGUCUAAUGUCCGUUGCUCAUGUUUCUUGGCCAAAGCAAGUGUCUUCUUAUUGGUGUCCUUUAGUAGUGGUUUCUUUGUAGCAAUUUGACCACGAAGGCCUGAUUCACGCAGUCUCCUCUGAACAGUUGAUGUUGAGAUGUGUCUGUUACUUGAACUCUGAUGCAUUUAUUUGGGCUGCAAUUUCUGUGGUUGGUAACUCUAAUUAAUUUGUCCUCUGCAGCAGAGGUAACUCUGGGUCUUCCUUUCCUGUGGCGGUCCUCAUGAGAGCCAGUUUCAUCACAGUGCUUGAUGGUUUUUGCGACUGCUCUUGAAGUUCUUGAAAUUCUCUGUAUUGAUUGACCUUCAUAUCUUAAAGUAAUGAUGGACUGUCUUUUCUCUUUGCUGACUUGCCAUAAUAUGGACUUGGUCUAUCUUCUGUAUACCACCCCUACCUUGUCACAACACAACUGAUUGGCUCAAAUGUAUUAAGAAGGAAAGAAAUUCCACAAAUCUAACUUUUAACCAGGCACACCUGUUAAUUGAAAUGCAUUCCAGGUGACAACCUCAUGAAGUUGGUUGAGAGAAUGCCAAGCGUGUGCAAAGCUGUCAAGGUAAAUGGUGGCUGCUUUCAAGAAUCUAAAAAAUAUUUUGAUUUGUUUAACACUUUUUUGGUUACUACAUGAUUCCAUAUGUGUUAUUUCAUAGUGUUGAUGUCUUCACUAUUAUUCUACAAUGUAGAAAAUAGUAAAAAUAAAGAAAAACCUUUGAAUGAAUAGGUGUGUCAACUUCUGACUGGUACUGUGUAUGUAUGUUUUAUUUAUUUAUAUAUAUAUUCCCCGUUGACAUUUUAAAAGCAGACAUUUCAGGAGCUCUGCUCUGCAGUUGCAAAAUCCAUUUAAAGGAAAACAUGUUUGUACAUAACUCCCAUAUUUAAUAGAAUGGUUGUGCAGUAGGUGGUCUGAGACUGCCUUGUAUUUAUGAUUUCUCUCUUCAUAUCCUGUUUUUCUGCCUCCCCUAAUUUUGUCAUAUACCUUUUUUUCACUUUCUAGGCAAUUUAUCCAUAAUCCAUGUUGUGGCUUCAACAGAGGCCCCAUGUACACCUUGCAUCAACCUCUCAAUGUUGCCUUUUUGGCAUGAUGGGGCAUGUUUUUAUAGAGAUGAAUAUUAGACACUUUUUGCUAGUGGAUGUAGAUAUACAGGCCAUGGUCAUCCUUAAUGGGAUAGGAAUAUUUUGUCAUUGUCAGGAGUGAAGAGGCUCUGUAGAGGCAACAGCAUGGUGUGUAGAUGACCCGAUUUAAAAAAAAUAAUAAUAAUAAUAAUAAUAAUAAUUUUAAAAAUGGGCACAUUAAAUGCCCAAAGUCUAGACUAAGAUUUUAAUUCACAAUUGUUUGCCAUACUGUACUUCAAAAAAGAAACUAUUGCAUCAAACAUCAGUACUGUCUGAAACGUGACAUAACGGUGGAUUCUGAUGUGCUAAUCAUUCAUUCACAGAACCACAUUUCUCUCUACUCCCCAUCAAGCAUGGAGAGAGGGCACUGUUUGGAGCAUCCUCACCCAUGAAAGUAGUACAUGUUUCUCGGUUAAAAUGUUUUGCAUUCAAUCUUUAUUUGAAAUCCUAAGAACACUUUCUGUUUACAUGGGCAUACUGUGGACAAGUCCAAUUUUUUAAACCACCUGUUUUGAAUUGAUUUGCCAUAUUGUUACCAAGGAAUGUUAUUUCAGCAUUCAGGUAUGUGACUUUGCCCACACAAACAGCAGAACAGUGUUGUCCUCUGUGUCGCUUCUCUUCUGCUGUAGGUGGCUUUGAUCAAUCUGUCCCUUCUCUGUGCCCUUUCAGGGUGUCUUACACAAUCAGAUCGUUCUUUUGACUGCCCUACUCUGGUCCCAUCCACUUCUUGUUUUUUCAGAAUUCUCUAGAAUUCUCUUCAGUUUUGGCAGAACUUAAAGAACACAGAGUUGGACACCGUCCAAUAAGAGUUCAAUGCUAUGUUUAUUUUGAGUGCCAUUACGGUUACUGGCACUACAUUUCAUUGUGUAUUGGCAUCUUUGGUCUGGCUUAGGACCUCAUGCUGUCACUUCCUGUAUAGUGUAUGUAUGUAUAUGUGUAUAUAUAUAUAUACAUACACACACACGUGUAUAUAAUUUUCUGUCCCCCUCCCCUCUGUGCUUCUUAGUCUCCCUGUUAGGGAGGCUGUCAUUGCCUUCAUCUUAAGGACAUGUGCGUGUGGUCAUUAACUUUUUAUUUUCACACAAAGUGCACUGUAAUCUGUUGUGUUUUCAUGGUUAGUAUCUUUUGAUUUGUUUGUCAACUGUUUAUUUGAUUUGAUCACGUUAUCAGUUUAUUUGUCGCCUGACUUUUUUUUUGGCAUGUACAUUUUGCAUCAGCUGAUGUUUUUUUAUUUUGUAACUUUAUUUUAAAGAUUUGAAUAUGAAAAGGGUCAGAUCACUAGCUCUGAAGUCGACCUACACCCUUUGUCCAUGGGUUACCACAAUGUUCUGAUCGAAGCUCAAUGAUAAGCAGUACAUGUCAUAAACCAGCGAUUUAAUCACCUUGGUGUGUGAUUACAGACCUUUUGUAUUGCUGGACACAUUAGCUCGUGCACAAAAUACUGUGUAAUGAAAUGAACAUAGUAUGUAUGUUAGUAUGCCAGUGAGUGUACUGGUUACUGAACCGGUUGUACACUGGUGACAUACUGUGUGUAAUGAUAUGAACAUAGUAUGUAUGUGGGAACCUGACCUGAGGAUUUCUUUUGUAGCCCUGAUGUUCCUCUAGUUUUUAACAUUGAAAUGUAUAUCUGCAGCUGGCUAAAGAGGGAGACAGAGGUUGGAAUGUGGAGGGUUUUAGUACUGGAGAGGAAAUUGUGACAAAAACGAAUCCAUUUGUUAUAUCACUUUCCUGUGGAGCUCACUGUGCUUUGCUUUGGUUUAUGUCUCCUCUAACUCUCUUCUCUCCUCAUUCCUCUCUUUUCAGAGGUCAUAUUACAACCUGUACUCUUUUCUGAAUUUGUAAAGAUUUCUAUAAUUUGAAUUGUGACCGCGGCUUGAGUCUUAAUGUGGUUGACAGCGGGGCGCCUGCUGCUGUAGCACCCCUGCUAACGCAGUGAUGGACAAACUAGAUUUCUGUUCCCCUCAUUUCCUCUCAUCUGCGUUAUCUGCUUCUACAGCUGGGUUACUACUGCUCUGUGGCUGUUGUAAUACAAAAACAAGACCUUCUACGGGAAAAUAAAAUACUAUGAUGUGAAAUCAUUUCAAUCAAAAUAAACUGUCUGUGAAUAUGUUUAAAA